AUGACCAACUCCACUCCCCUCAUGGGCAGAUCCACCUUUUCAUGUGAUCAAAUCAUUGCUGAAAACAUUGCUAUCACAGCACACAAUCAAGCACAUCAAACACGCCAUAACCAAGGUGACACUAAUGUCGAGAACAACAAAUCCCUCAUUGUUGUUCCCCCCACAUUCACCAAUGUUCCUACUAAUCACAACCCCACUACUAACAACACUCCAGUGGCUUCUUCUUCCACCAUCGUUAGUAAUACUACUAUCAUCCCUGCAUUACCUAACCCUUCUAUUUCCAAUCCUUCCACACCCAGACCUAAUACUCCCACCUCUUCCACAUCAAAUAUCUCUUAUGCUAGUAUGAUUGCUGCCUUCCAAAAAUUAUCUCCCAACAAACAAGCCUCCCUUCAAUCUUCCAUCAAUGCCUCCAUAGCUACCUUGUCAUCAUCUAACACCCCCGCUCUUUCCACUAGUACCUCAUCCUCCCUUAUCUUUGACAUUACCAAUGAGCACAUGGUCCAGAACCACUCCAUCAACAACUCUUACGGUAUUCAUACAUACAUCUUAGACCUGGCCAGGAACCAUCAACACAUUUCAUUCUCACUUCUCACCACCAAAGUGUCCAAACAUUUCUUCCUUGAAUCCUCCACUCUCAAAUUUGUUACCUUUUACUCCUCACAUUGUGGCACUGUUCCUACAAAAUGCCACCUCAUAAAUAUCUCACAAUUCCCCACAGAAUCCUCCAUCAGCAUCUCUGAAUGGCACAAGGCUUGGGCACAUUAUCUUCAUUUCCUCACAGAUCAUGCCUCUCCUGAGAUUCAUGAUUGA